GGAUCAUUUGGAUUUCACCCGGACCACCCAGCGCUGUCAACUGGGAGAGAUUGACGCAAGUUAUUUUUUUAUCUUUUAAAUCAAUUCAAAAUUAAAUUUAAAUAUUUUACAGUCAGCUUUUGGCAAAGAUUACAAUUUGUUGCUGGAAGAUCACUCCAAACUGAUGGAUAAAAUGCUGUCCGAUUGGUCGACAUCGGAGAACGAAAUCAUUCACGAACUCAACGACAUCGGAAGCCAUUGGGUGGACGAUUUGGACGAGACGGACGCGUACUAUUACAGCGAAUGCAGCCGAACGCGCCACCGUCUAACGGCGGACAUCCAGUUGAUUGAGCAAGAACUGGAGAAGCUCAAAGUCGAUUUCACUCUCAACAACGAAGUGCUGGAUUACAAUUGCCGGGUGCUGAAACUCCGCGAAGAGGAGCGGGCCGGUCUGAUCGUCGGCAACAAACGCAAAAUCAACCGGAUGACCGAUCGCUACCGACAGCUCAAGGAGGAGAACGACAAAAUCGACCAGACUCGACGCGGAGAAGAACUGAAAUUGUUGAAAGAAGUUGAACAUUUACGCCACGAUUGCGACUCAAUGGAGCGCAAAUUCUCCACCAUCAAAAGCGCCAACGAUCGUCAACUCGAAUCCGUUUGCGAAAUGGCCGAAGAUCGAAUCAGCCAACUCCUCAAAAAAUUGGCUGGUAUCGACGAACGAAUUUUCGUUGAGAUUUUGGAACAGCCGUGGGACAAACUAGUCGGCGUGUCACGUCACAUUGAAUCGAAAUCAGUCGAACUGGAUGCCAAGGAUCUGGACGCAGAGGUUGUGCGUCUGGAUAAGAAUUUAAAAUUCUUGACGGAUACAGUGGCGAGUGUGGACAACGCAAAAGAGCGACUGAUGAAGGCGUUGGACAUUCCCGACGAACACGAAUUCCGUAUCCUGCUGUCUGCAAUGCGAUUGGUUCCCGAUUCCGAUUUGAUGAAAGAACUGGCCUGCUACAUCCACCAGCAGCGGUCGCGACCGGCAGAUCAGCCCGUCACGACGCGCUUCUACUUGGCCGACGUGGCGACUAUCCGGUCACAUUUCCAACUCUUCAAAGAGACGGCCGUACCUAAAAAACGACUCGACAUGUGGAAAAUGCUGGCCCGGGCACUCAUCCAAUACGAGCAGAUCCUACGCGAUCGAUUGACGUUGGCAGCCGAUUUGCUGGCACUGACCAAACAACCUACUGCACUCGGUUAGCAAAUUGGAGAAAAAACAAACAAA